AUGCAUUACGGAAUAAGAAUAAUAUAUUUUAUUUUAUUUCAAUAUGUCAAUACAAUACGAAAUCCAUUACUUGUUCAUAUUGCAGCACAUCACUUGAACUUAGAACAACAUGGUCGUCCAAGUGCAACUGAACCCUACAUCUAUCGACAUCGUUUAAUAACACGAUCAACAACAACACCAUCGGCAUCAAUAAAUAAUUAUGAUUUUUAUUCAACAUCAGCAUUAACACCAUUUCUUAAUUAUUAUCAACCAUCACCAACAUUUAUUAAUGAAUAUUCCUCAUCAAAUCAAACAGAAAAUAUAUGUCCAAGACAAAAAAAUGUUCAUAGAAAUUGUCAACGUUCAUGUCAUGGAACAAAUCAAAAUACAAAUUGUCGUCAACAAAAAAUUUGUAUAUGUGAUCAUAAUUGUGGAUUUUCUUGUCUUUCAAGAACUAUUAUAUCUGAACGAUAUCUUUGUCCAAUAAUAAAUAAUCCACCACAUGGUCGAAUACUUUAUGAUGGUCAUUCAUUUUAUAGUCGUCUUGUUUAUGAAUGUAAUUCAGGUUAUACAGUUGUUGGACCAAAAGAACGUAUUUGUGUUAGUGAUGGUUUUUGGGAACCAGUUGUUGAUGUUUAUUGUAUACGUAAAGAUGAAGUUUGUACAAUGGAUAAUUUAAUAACAAACGGUGAUUAUACACCAAAACAACAAGUCUAUUAUCCAGAUCAACAAAUACGUAUUGAAUGUAAACCUGGUUAUGAACUUGAUCGAUUAUCUCCUUUACAAACAUGUUUAAAAAAUGGAACAUGGUCACCGUUAGAAACUGCAAGAUGUUUAAAAUCUCCAUGUGGUGAACCACCAUCAAUACCAAAUGCCUACCUUGUUAAUACUACAUCAACUUAUGCACAAUAUUCUUGUUUUGAACGAUAUAUAUUAAAAGAUUCAAUAUCAAAAAUUGAAUGUAAACAUGGUCGUUGGCAAAAUAUGCGACCACAAUGUAUUGAAGCUAUGUGUCGACAUCCACUAUUAGAAGGUUUUAAUGGUUAUGUUUUAAGUUCACGUUCAAUAUUUUCAUCUGGUGAAGGUACUGGUCUGACAUGUAAUACUAGUACUACUACACAUUUUGAUCUUAUUCCAAUGAUUGAUUAUGUCGUAUGUGAUAAUCAUGGUAUAUGGAAACCGAUAUUACCAAAAUGUUAUGCAAAAUGUCGUUUACCGAAUUUAGGAAAAAACCUAAUUGGUUAUUAUAUAGAUGAUAAUACUAAUGAAUGGUAUGGAAAAGAAUUACAAUCAGGUGCGUAUGUUCGACAUGGAUAUUCGAUUAAAUAUCUAUGUCAUUGCCAAUCAACAACAAUGCAAAAUUGUUCUUUAAUGAAACCAUCAAUUGUUCAAUGUAUUGAUGGUGAAUGGACAAAUGGUGGUCCUUAUUGUCGAGAAAGAAUUUCUGGAAAGUGUCAUAUUCCAUUUGAUAUUCCUUAUGUAUUAUUGAAUAAUAAUACUGAAUUAAAUAAAAUAAUAAACGAGGGAGAAUCAUUUGAUUAUGAAUGUAUUCAUGGUUAUGCACGCAUGACGAAUGUGACAUGCAUACAAGGAUAUCUAACACCACAACCAUUAUGUGAACCAAAAAAUUGUACAACUCAUCCUUAUUGGAUUAAGAAUGGAUAUGUUAAAUAUCAUAAUAGACGACAUGGUGGUCAUGCUGAAUAUUCAUGUCGUAAUGGUUAUAAAUUAAGUAAUCAUCGAAUAUUAAGAUGUUUAUUUGGUCGAUGGGAGUCACCAUAUGAUCGAGAUAAUCUUGUACAAUGUGUUGCAGAUAUUUGUUUACAUCCAGGUGUUAUUCGUAAUGGAAAAACUUAUGUUAUUAAUUAUGGUAGUUCACGUUAUAUACUUUCAGCUAAUGUUUCAUUGAGUCAUGGAGCUUCAUUACAAUUUGAAUGUGAUCCUGGUUUUAUGCUUGUUGGUAAUCGUGGUUCAACCUGUUUUUCAGGUAAAUGGCGACCUGAUCAAUUACCCAUAUGCAUUCAAGGUUAUUGGAUUCGUGAUCUUUCAUAUUGUCCACGUAAACGUGAAGCAACUCGACAAAGACAAUGUUUUAAAUCGUGUUUCGAUGAUAGUGAUUGUCGAAGUCGAUAUCGUUCAUGUGUAUGUGAUUAUGAUUGCGGAAUGUCAUGUGUUAAACGAGGUAUUAGUUGUCCAUUUUUAACACCUCCGGAACAUGGUCGUAUAACAUAUUCAAAUGGAAAUAAAUUUGGUUCACGUGCUACAUAUGAAUGUAAUACAGGCUAUGUACUUGAAGGUUCAAAAUAUCGUCAUUGUCAAGGUGAUAUGUGGUGGGGACCAUCAGAUACCGUACCAUAUUGUGCUAAAGAAGUUUUUUGUAAUCGACCACCGGAUAUAAUAAAUGCAGUCAAUGAUGUUCCGAGUACGAUUACAACAUUUCAUGCAGGUUAUUCAAUUAAAUAUACUUGUUUAACUGGUUAUGUUGGAAGUGGGACAACAACAUCCGAAUGUACAUUUUUGGGUCAAUGGACAUAUGCAACAUUAAAAUGUACACCCGUUGAUUGUGGUUCACCGGGCAUAUUACGUAAUGGAUUUUUAAGUGGUGAACGGUUUGAUUAUCCGAAUAUAAUUGCAUUUUUUUGUAAUGAUGGAUUUGAACUUAUUGGAAAAGAUACAACACGAGCUUGUCAAGAAAAUGGUUUAUGGUCUGGAACUAUGCCUAUUUGUCAAAAAAAAUCAUGCGAUGCACCUCCAAUAAUCAGUUAUGGUGAAAUAAUUCAACCAGAUCGAACAACAAAUGAAACUAUUCAAUAUAUUUGUCAAGAUGGAUAUCAAUUAAAAGGCCCAUCAAUAUUAAAAUGUGUUUCAUCUCAAUGGCAACCAACACCACCUACAUGUGAACCAAUAACAUGUGAUGAUCCUCAAACAUAUUUUAAUGGUUAUAUUGAAUCAUUAUCAAUUAAUAAUACAUCAAAAUAUUCUAUUAAUUCAAUAAUUACAUUCCAAUGUUCAUCAAAUUUAACAUUACGAGGUUCACGUAUAUCAAAAUGUCAAAUAAAUGGAAGUUGGUUACCAAAAAUUCCAAAAUGUGAAAGACCAAUAUCUUGUUCAAUUCCAACAUUACCACGAAAUGCACGUUAUAUACAUCUUCGUCCAUAUAUACAAAAAAUUCAUGAUGGAAAUCAUUUAGAAUAUCUAUGUGAAAAUUCUCAAUAUCGUCAAAAAAUUUUUUGUCGACAAGGAAAAAUUGUCCCUCAAAAACCAAUAUGUUACAAUGGUUGUGAUGUAAAUAAUGAUAAAAUUAUAUUUUCAAAAACAUUUUAUCGUCAUCGUGAAAUAAUUUCAUAUACAUGUACAAAUAAUAGUCUACCAUUGUUUAUUAAUGAAACAAUACGUUGUAUUGAUGGAACUCUUUCGAAACAACCUAUAUGUCAAUCAAUUAAAUGUAUAGUACCUCAUAUGCUUUUUGUACGUAAUAUUAUCAAUACAACAAUACCAUCGGGUACAUUAUUUGAACAAGGUUCAUCAUUUUUCUAUACAUGCUUGGAAGAUUAUCAACCAAUGAUUGAGUCAGGCAAAGUUGAAUGUUUAGAAGAUGGAAAAUUAUCUCAUCAACCACAUUGUAUACCAAGACAAUGUAAAGAACAUCCACCAAUAAUAACUAAUGGUCGAACUAUAUUUCAUUCAACAAGACAUGGUUCAAUAGCAAAAUAUCGUUGUUUUCCUGGUUAUAGAAUUGAAAAUAAUCAUUUAGCAAAAUUAACAUGUCAAUUUGGACAAUGGUUACCUAAACAACCACCAAAAUGUUUACCAAUCUUCUGUACUAAUCCUGGUCCACUCAUAAAUGGUCGAAUUUAUGUUAUUUUGAAAGAUCAACGCAUGUCAUCUCUGCCAAUUCGUAGUGAAUUUCGUUCUUAUAUACCAAAUGUCGGACAUGGUAGAACGCUUGAAUUUGAAUGCAAUCCAGGUCACAUUCUUCAUGGACCGUCAGGCUUAACAUGUAACCAUGGUCGAUGGAUGCCCUCAGAACGCCCUCGUUGUAUUUUUGAAAAUCAUAUACAACCAAAUAUAAUCUUUACAGGUUAA